AUGAAAGUCCUACGAACAAUUACUGGAAAAACGCUCCUAGACAGGGAACGUAGCGACGACAUAAGGCAAAAAUGCACAGUGGAAAAUAUUAACGAAUGGGUACUGAGCAGAAAGCGCGAAUGGGACGAACAAAUAAGUAAAAUGAGCGAGGAAAGAAUAUCAAACAGUUCUGUGGCGAUCAAAAAAGUAGCAGAAUGGAGUUCGGUACAUGGUUUUAGGCGCAAAAGCUUGUGUCUUCGAUGCUAUGAAUGUGUAUCAAGAUUGGGUCCAGCGGAUACAGAUGCUUGCUUAACUGGAGAUCGCAACCAACUUCCCAGAGUACGAUGUAUAGGACCGUCAGUAUGUGCUACUUAUCAUUAUCAAAGUACAAUACCAGGAACACCUACAAUAAAUCAUGUUACAAGAGGAUGUCAAUUACUACGUUACGGAGGUAGCUGUGAAGAUAUUUUCAAUGAUUUAAGAUCAAGAGGAGAAGUACUGCCAGGGCAACAUACAUGUGCAACAUGCAGUGGAGAUCUCUGUAAUUCUACAACGUCUCUUAAGGCUUUGUGUUCCUUAAUUUCAAUUUGUAUUUUCAGUAGUCUUUAUUUCUCACUUUUGAGAUAAAAUUUGAAAGUACUCUUGUAAUUUUUUGUAACAGAUUACUGCCAGUUUCACAAAGAUGAAUGAACUUUCUUCAUACUACUUUGUACUCCUUUUCCACAAACCCAGUUUUUGUUGAUAAUGCUCACAUUAAUCUUAGUACCUCCAAUAUUUGAUGCUCAUAUUCGCUGAAAAUUUUGUGUCGAUCUUUUCAUUUGAUCAUAAUUUUUUGAGUGAUU